AUGCAGAUGUAUCGCGGUCUUCCCAUCAUUACGAACCAGAUUCCAGUCGAGGAACGCAAUGGUAUUCCGCACCACCUAAUCGACUGCAUCGGACUGGGCGAAGAGCCGUGGCGAGUGGGCUUGUUCAAGAACGAAUGCCUUCGGCUGAUCCGGGACAUACAUUCAAGGGGGAAGAUUCCGAUACUUGUUGGGGGCACUCAUUACUAUACGCAAGCAGUAUUGCUGAAGGAUCAGCUCGUUGCGGAGUCCUCGACUGAUCAGGAUACGGAUGGAGACGCUCCCGAUCAAUUGGCGGAGCUCGCGGCCAAAUGGCCAAUUCUUGAUGCGCAUCCCGAUGCGGUUUUGGAGAAACUCAGAGAGGUCGACCCGGUUAUGGCCGAUCGCUGGCAUCCAAACGAGACGCGGAAAAUCCGCCGCUCUUUAGAGAUUUAUUUCCAGACGGGAAGGCCCGCAUCGGAGGUCUAUGCCGAGCAGAAACGCCUGAAACAAGGCGUGUCCGAUGAAAAGUCGCAAGGGGAUGCGCAACAGCUACGCUUCCCGACUAUGAUAUUCUGGGUCCAUUCGGAUAAGAAUGUCUUGAAUUUUCGGCUCGAUCAACGUGUGGAUAGUAUGAUGGAACAAGGUUUAAUGACAGAAGCGGAGCGGAUGUUCGAGUAUCUCAGAGAGAAGAACAAGCAAGGCAUCACCGUUGAGCCUACCCGUGGAGUAUGGAUUGCCAUUGGAUUCAAGGAACUGGCGCCUUACUUUGAAGCAUUGCAUAGUGGUCUCCGAAGUGAGACGGAACUGGAGGAUCUGAAGAAGUCAUGCAUCGAACUCAUCAAGAUUGCAACCCGUCAAUAUUCGGCAUCCCAGAUCAAAUGGAUUCGAAACAAACUUUGGAACACCCUAGCCGAGGCUGGUAUGACACACCGGCUGUUCCUUUUGGACAGCACCGACGUUGAUGAUUGGGAGAAGUGCAUCACUGAGCCGUCCGAGCUUCUCGUUCAAUCCUUGCUCCGGGACGAAGCUACACCUGACCCCAAAUCUCUCUCAGAAUUGGCAAGCAAAACGUUGGGUGCAAAAGAGGCGCAAUUGCAGAAGGGUCCACGGCCAGAGUCUAAAGCUAUGAAGUGUGACAUUUGCAACAAGACCAUGACCAACGAGGAGCAAUGGCAAAUUCACAUCAACGGGCAGGUCCACAGAAGAAUGCUCAAAUAUGCCGCAAAGAAGGCGGAGCAGCUGCGGAGAAAACAGGAAGAAGAUUCGGGAACUGAGCCCCCCAAGGACAGCUGCCCGUCUUCUGUAUAG